AUGUCUAGUGGUGAAAUAGAUACGACUGCAUUAAUUAUUUCUAUAUGUGUAAUUGUACCAGCAGCGAUUGCUAUUAGCGUUUGUGCGAUUAUCUAUUUUGCACAUCGAAACAGAGAUCGAAAAUUACAUCGUCAAACAAAUAGAUCAUCAUCAUUAUCAUCAUCAUAUGACUAUGAACAAUCACGUGAACGACUACCUCAAAAUAGUUAUAUAAUUGAUUUUACAAGUGUCAAUCGUUCUCAACAACAACAACAACAACGUCGUCCACGUGCACCACCACCUGUAUUUGAACAAUCACCACCAUCAUAUGACAUAUCAAUUAAUCAAACACGACGACAACCUAUACCAUUAUUUUCACCUAUUCGUACAAUACCAUCAAGAACAAUUGUUCAUCGAUCUUCACCAAUUAUAACUCCAUCUAUAUAUUCAGCAAUGCCACCAUCUUAUGCUGAAAUAUUUUUAAAACCACAUACAUUACUAAAUGGAUGA